GAUGUAUGUCAGUUGAAUCGAAGAGUUCCUCGUGGCCUUGAUGAUAAGGGUUCGUUCACUUCAACUACUGUCCGCCAGCAAUGACCGUUGCCGUGCCCGUUGAGCGUUAUUCUCCGUUUCCAUGGAAAUCCGCAUCCCAUCUGCCUUGCCCCGAUCAUCAACCCUACUGCUGUUACCAUGACGAAUCUUUCGUAGCAUCUGACGAUGGCUGUGAUGACGUCUCCAGCAUCUCACCCCGAUACAACCACCAAUCUACGACGCACGCAACCAGCCCAGGGAACGUAGUUCGUAGCCCUUUGGUAAGCUGCCCUCGUACUCCUUUACAGACGACUCAUCACCACCAAACUCCGAUAGGACCGUCUUCACGAUCUGACUGCUGUGUUCGAAAACCGAUAGCAAUGGGUGGGCGAAGUCUCCUUGAUGAGGACGUCGAGGUGGAGUAUGGCAGGGAUGAGCAGACAGUUACCAGCUGCCACGGCGCCAAAAAACGAAAAUUAUGUGAGAUGCUAGAUGACACGGAAGAAUGCGGGUGUAGGACACCUCAGGAAAUGACGAUGGUCUCAGAGACUCUGCAGAUGAAUCAUGGAGAGGCCAUCUUAAGAUGUAAUGGUUGUGGACCUAUUGAGGAAUGUUGUCGCUGUGAUCCGGAUGAUUUCUUUCCUGAUGUAAGCAGUGAGAUUGAAUUACCAAUGUGCUACGACGGAGACGAUUUCAAGUCGAGAUCGAUGACAUCGACGUCACCCGAUAUCAUGGACAAUGUGAUUCCAGAUAUACUUCCAUCAUGUAGAACUUCUGAUUUGAUGGGCAUGUCUGAGGAGGACGUCGAAGCUAUCAGGGCUUGUGAUAGGAGGAGAGUUUUAGACAUGUCGCUACAUAAGAUGCGAUGUAUAGAUGACCCUGAGGUCUCAUUACGAAGGUCUGUCUUGAUAGCCAACAUGGUGACUAAACUCAGGCAAGAAAUUCGUCAAGAAGACUACUGUAGAACGGUAUUGCCUAAGAAACGUCGAAGCUAUCGCAGACCAUGGUUAGGUGGUCCUGAUAGAGUGUCCGAACCACCGUGUUUAUAUCAAGGUAACCAACCUAGGAGGCGUUUCUCUGAAGAUAUGGCUUGGGAAGUGUAUCCUUCUAACGAAAUGCUUUUGAACAACGGUGGAAGGUACACAGAACAUGAGGACAUUCAAUGUCAAGAGCCAAUUGAUCAGUGCCAUGAACAAAUCCAAACCUCUAUGCCAGAAGAAGAAAGGAACUCAGUGCUUGGGGAUAUAGAUAGUAUUUUUCAAAGUCUUAUGGCCUGUGUUGGAGGGCCUUAACGCAAUGAAAGUUUAAAAAUUUGUUUAUUUGGGGCAAAUUAAUUUUUCAAUUCAUCAAGGGCAUGGUAUUCUACUUAAUCUACUUCACAUAGAUUUAUACUGUCAGCUUUUGUUCAGGAUUUCCAAAUGGGUUCACACGGAUAUCCAACACUGCUUCAUCAAUUGCAUAACGUUUAUAAAUUAUUACAGGUUUAAUUGUUCUGUGUGUAUAUUCACAGAGUAAUAUUGCUUUAGAACACACUUAUGAAAGCAAUGAUAUCAUGAUGUAAUGUCGGUAAAAUACCAUGCCCUUUGAAAAUAAUUUUAUUGAAUGUAAAUGUUUUUCAUAAUUUUUUUAUCAUGCGGUUAUUCCCACUUUCACGGUUCAUGCAUGUAAACGGUUUCCGUCCAUAUACUUGUGCACCGUGAUUUGCCCCGUCCUUGACAUGAGCUAGUCUAAUCCAACAUCCGAGAAACAGACUUUGUUUUAUUUAUUUAUUUAUUUCACAUAUUAAGAAAGGGUGGACCGAGCCAACCUUUGUGGGUUUCAUCAGUGUCCUUAUAAUAAAAAAUACAUCAAAACAUUACAUAAAUACAUCCAGAUUUACUAACAAAACAUAAGACUGUAUAAUACUGAAUGAUACAAAGCAAGGAUAAAGAAAUGACACUUUUAAAAGAUGAUGUCAUGUAUCCAUUUCAUUGAUCCAUUCGAUUCGCCCAGAGUCAUGAUUAUUUACUGAUAUUAUUCAAGUAUCAGCUAGGAUUUGUUUACUAUACAUAAUCACUUUAAGUGGGCGAAAGUAUGUAUGGAUAUGUAUUUUCUAUCAACGUCGUAAAUCAUGAAUAACAGGGUACGUAUGCAGCUGAAGUUGCGAUUGAACCACCAUUAUGAUCGUUUGCAUGACAAUCAAGAAUCAUUUUCAAAUUGGUUGGGGUUUUCUUUUAUUAUUUAACAUGCUAUUGUGCCUGAAUGAACUAAUACUUUUAAAUCUUUGACAAGAUAGAAGGAGUCGAGUGCAUAGUGAUGAUGAAUUCGAUUAAACUCAAAGAAAAUUUAUUGAUUUAGAGUUAAUUUGCCUUAACACCAGACGCGGUUCUACAAACAGAUUUUGGGUCACACGUCCACACCCUACCCGCUAAUUUAGCAAACAAGAAGAAAAAAACUGCUGUUUAAUGAAAAUUAUAUUGUAUUAUAUUGACGUCGAGUCCCUCCGUGAAUCAUCACUUAAUUUAAAAGGGGAAACGUUGAUAUUUUACUUGCUCGCUGCGCUUUCUCGCAUAUGGAGUCAUUGUAUAAUGUCAUUAACGAGUUGAUAGAUGCAAAAUAGCUUCGGAAAGCAUACACAUUCCACAAUUUAUCCAUAUGACUAAAUACAGAAGAUAUUUCUAAUAUAAUGGGCAUAUGGUGAAUAACAUAACACUCCCAACCAUGAAAAUUUUGGGGUUUUCAUCACUCCCUCCAAUUGCUUAUAAUCAUUAAUGUGUCGCGAAAGAGAACAAUAAAUUGGACCUGUAAAACUUUGUUAAAGAAUAAUAUUUUGCAGCAGACCUAUAGCUUAUCCCGGCUCUCGUGGAUCGAUUGAUCGGUCAUUCAAUAUAUAUAGAUCGAUGUAUCCAAAGCCCCCUAACCCUACCCCACCUAAAAGCAUAAACUAGUAAAGAAAUUGAUGAAUACAUAGAUAAAUUAUAAUUAUGUUUAAGUCCUUCUUGGCUCCGUUCCAUUAACUUAAAAUAAUGGUAACUUUGCAAUCACUCGUAUCUACCAAAUAUCAUGAUCAUAGUACCAUUUACUCUUCAGAUAAUCAAAUGAAUGGAUUCAGUAGAAUUUACUAUAAUUAUAUAUUCCAUGCAACGGGACCCAGCGAUCGCUUCGUGAAGCUGAACGUAUAUGAAUGAGUUUGCACGACUGAUGCUCCUUUUUCUGCUAAACACUAAUCCCAACAAUUUCCGUGUAUUGCAAUAUAUCCAUGAUCUCUGACUUUCUAACCCCAGAAAUAAUAAUAAAAAAACAAUUCAGAGUAUACAAACCAUAAAUAGAUAUACAGAACAAUUUAUUUUGCCGUCUUGAAUGAUACCCCCCCCCCCCCGAUAAUAAUAAUAAUAAUAAUUUAUAUAGCGCCAUCUAUCUAGAAAUAUUCUAUUCCGAGGCGCGUUGUUAUUAUUAUUAUUACUCCGGCUUUAGCCGGGGUAAUAAUGAUGAUAAUAAUGAUAAAAAAAUAAUGAUAAUAAUUAUUUUAAAACAGCACUCAAACAUUUCGUUUCACAGUAUUUCAAUUCCUUCUUAUUUUGUAAUAUCCCACCAAGCUAUUUGUGCUAAAACUGUACUACAUUCAACAACUUGCAACUUUUAUUUUGUUUGAUCAAAAUAAUGAACGCGCCUGCAUUUUUCUAUAUACAACUGAAUUGGGCUCAUUAUCUCAAUUCUUUUAGGCACAUAUUGUAUGAUGUUAUUAUCAAAGACGAUUGAGCAGAAGAGAACAUCAUUUUUGUUUUUUUGUUUGUUGGGAAUGCGCAUUUUUAUGAAAAGGGUACUUUGGAGUGCAAUUGCAUGAAAUUCUAAAUUGAGUUUAUGUAUAUCUUGUUUAACUAAGUUGUGUCGUGUGUGACACUCGUGAAAACUUCAGUGUGAACUUGUAUAAAAUAUCAAGAGAAAUUACAUCAAUUUUG